CCAACAUUAGUAGUUAUCUUUCUAGCUAUGUAUAAUGUGAGCUCGUUGAAUCUAACAUGGUUGAACAUAUUUUACUCGUCGACUUUCAUCAUAAGUACGGACCAAGAAUCGAAUAUAUAUAUCCAAGCUUGAACAACAAUUUAUCGCAAAGCUGGGAAGAAAUACCCUUUAUCUGUCUUCCAGAUGGAAGUCAUAAAGUCUCAGAGGGGUUUGUAUACUUUCGUCUUUCCGAUCGAGAACCGACAACAAUUUACGGUGUUGCUUCGUUCCGUCAAAUAGAUGUUAAAGAUCUUCUUUAUAUACCAGAAGAUGUAACCAGAAAUUAUGUCCAGAAAAGUGUGUGUUUACUAAGUAAAAAACCUUUAUACGGCUACCUUACAGAAAAGUUAAAAACUGUUAGUUUUGCUUUAUUUCAACAAAAGGAUUUCUCUUCCAUCGGCCUUUUAAAGGAUUGUUAUAAAGAAAUUAAUUCAGAAGUUAUUUCAGAUUCUUUGGAAUGUCUGGAAAGUCGUGUAUAUGAAGGGCUCUCUUUUCGCCACUUAGUAAAAACCUUAAAAGAUAAACUUUUGGUUCUUUUUAAAUUAUUACUCCUCCAAAAACGUAUUUUCUGUACUUCCUCGUCCACUCGCGAUCUUUCGUUAAGUAUCGUCUCUUUGGUUUCUUUACUACCAGGCACUUUUUAG